UUUGUACUGGGAUGGAGAACCCUAGCAAGCAAUCAGGGCCAGGGAAAAGAGGCCAGCAGCUGUUACCUGUAAUGGAGAGCAGUGAACAAGGUUUUCGUCUGCUUCUAGAGAUGACAGCAGCCGGAGAAGGAGCAGCUGGUGAUCAUGGCUGGGACGGUGCUGUUGGCUUACUACUUUGAGUACACAGACACCUUCCCCGUGCACAUCCAGGGCUUCUUCUGCUACGACAAGACCUUCUCCAAGCCCUAUCCCGGUCCGGACGACACCAGCAAGAUCCCCCCCGUGCUCAUCUACUCACUCGUCACAGCCAUCCCCACCCUCACGAUUCUCAUUGGAGAGCUGUGUGCCUUCUUCACCAAGGCAGAGGGAACCCAGGAGAAGACCAUUGUCACUGCAGACUGCUGCUACUUCAACCCCCUACUGAGACGCAUAGUACGCUUCCUAGGUGUCUAUGCCUUCGGCCUGUUCACCACCACCAUCUUUGCCAAUGCUGGCCAGGUGGUGACAGGAAACCAGACGCCUCACUUCCUGUCUGCCUGCCGACCAAACUACACAGCGUUGGGCUGCCAGUCCACCAUGCAGUACAUCGCAGAGCGCCGUGCCUGCACAGGCAACCCACUGAUUGUCAUGUCUGCACGUAAAUCCUUCCCGUCCAAGGACGCAGCGCUCAGCGUCUACUCUGCAGUGUACACAGUGAUGUACGUGACACUAGUGUUCAAGACCAAAGGCACGCGGCUGACCAAGCCCACCAUCAGCCUCACCCUGCUCUGUCUGGCCAUGCUAGUAGGUGUGGUCAGGGUGGCGGAGUACCGCAACCACUGGGCUGACAUCCUGGCGGGAUUCUUCACUGGGGGAGCAAUUGCAGUUUUUUUGGUGACUUGCGUGAUUAACAACUUCCAGCAGAUGCUGCACAGUCUUCCUCCACCACGACCCCAACGCCCCGAGUCUGUGCUAGGCAUGCCAAUGGUGACGCUGCCCUGUGUGGAGAGUCCACUCGAAAAACUCCGCGGGGAUCUCCGUUCACCGAGAUCACAUGACCAUCAGCCCUAUCGGUUCCCCGCCACCCCCGAUGUCCUCAUACCGUCUCGCUCCAUUUCCAGCGAAGUCUAGACCAGUCGGAGGAGCACUCGCCGCACUGCGCCGCCCAUCCGGCUGGGCGGUACGCAACGCUGCACCGCUCUUAUUCCACGCAGGUCUAGACAUCCCGUAAUACAGCUCACGCACAUUCACACACACCUCUGUUGCCCUCUCAACCCCCGGGGAACCGAUAGGCAAACUCUUCAAAGACUUUCUCUUUUCUGGACACACAGUAGAGUGAAAAACUGAACAUUCAGAGUCAGGUACAUGUCUUUCUUUUUUUUUUUCAUUUUGAAUAUUCUAAUUAAAGACUUUUGUUGUUACUUUUUUUAUAUAAACUCAGUCAUGUGAAGCUCGCAUUCAUCUUCAGUGGUAUGCCCUGUAAGGAAAAAUAUAUCAAACUGACCACUGAGAAUGUCCACAGCUUUUUUUCCUUCUUUUUUGCUUUGUUUUCCACAACGGUAUGAGUUUUCACACGUUUGAAGGAGGCAUGUGCUGAAAGCUAAACAUGGUGGUGAACUCCCUGUAUAACUCCCAGGACACAACUUUGACGUCUGCUGUCAGGAGGUUGCCAUGUUGGACCAAAGAAACCCGCUGAAGGAGGCGUGUGCUGCUGAGAUUUACCCAUAAAAACAUCCUUUUAGCAAGCCACACACAAACACACAUUUUCCUCACUUGGUCUUUCCGUCUCACCCUCACUCCUUAUCUUAUCCCAUUCACACAUACACAUGCACUAUAGUCUGAGUAGUCAGCUCCCCAUGAAGUUUACUGAGAUCAAAGAAUCCAUUUCAUAUCUCUCGGCAGAAGCACCACGCAAAAGCAAACAGGCUGGAAGUAACAACAUCUUGUUGGCUAUCUUCUUCAUGUUUUUUUUUGCUCUCAGAUGGUUGCAACGUCUCAGAAACUGAUGUGACAUACAAACAUAUUUUAUAAGACAAAGCCAAGCUCCCCGACUGCAGGUGGCACAACAGUGAGCCAAAUAAAGUGCAUCGCAUCCAGGAGCAAACAUUUGUUUUUUGUAUUCUUUUGAGACAAGGAGCCUUCAUACAAAACUCUUUCUGUGAUGCCAACAGACUUUUUUGUUAUGUUUUAUUCCACACUGGAACAGCAUCACUCACCCUGAGCUGGAGUCAUGUAUUUGUUGCGAUUACAUUCUCAGAUUUUAUUAAUAGAUUUAUUUAUUGACGUGUGUAUAUAUAGUCUGGUUACCAUAAGCACACCAUGUGGCGUGACAGUUUUGCUGAUUUUGAUUUGCACACUCCCUCAAAUCCACGUUUUUUUAUUCUCCCUUCUCUUCCUCUCCCAACACAUUUAUUUUAUUUACAACCUCUGUUUAGUUCUCUUCCCUGUGGCGUUGGUAUCUUGGCUAUAUUACCAUCAGUGUGCUGUAAAAUGUUUCCCUCUGCUGGACAACACACAAACACACACACAGACACAAGAAUAAAGACCUAUUUUACAGAGCACACAAAUAUUCAGACAUAUUUUAAAGCACACACAUGCACAUCACACUUAUAUCCCCUAACCUAGUUGUUAUGUAUGUCUGUUCCCCUUAAUCCACUUUCUAUCCCUGAAACCUGUUUGUAUGAUAUUGUACAUAGCUCUUUUUUGUAUUGAGUGUGUGAUUUUUACACACACGUAUCACCAACACUCAGUGUAGAGAUAAGUGGGAAUCUUGUAUUUAUUAUGAUGACAGUGUGUAUGAAGAUGCUGAACCACUCUGAACCAACACUGGAUCGGCUGGAAAACACCCAGAUGGCUCUUUGAAUCAAACUACAUGUGCCCACUGGACCAUUAUUAGAUUAUGAACUUGAAGCAAUUUCUCUUUUGAAUUCUCAUAUGAGCAUAAAUGGUUGAACCGUUUUUCCCUCUUUUAUUGUCGAGUCUUCAGACAUGUUCGUGGUCUUUAUGUUAGCUCAUGCUGCCAAAUGCAAAGGUCAAGAAAGCUAGCAUAGGGCAAGCUAGCAAAAAUGCAACAUGUUAAAGCAGCAUGAAGUGAUUCUUUUGUUGAUAACUUGGGGCCAGUAGAACUAGCUGUGAACAUAACAUUGACAUAUUUUCACCAUAUAAUGAUGUGGCUAACUUGUUAGCAUAAUGCCCCUUAUUUGUAGAAAUGGAGCAACAUUAGCUCUCAUUUGGAGCUGUGUUUCUGGCCACCCGCUGAAUGUAAAUCCAGUUUUCACUCAUGUGUUAACUGUGUUUCUGUUUCCACCAAGUUCUGAAAAAAAUAUCUGGCUUUUUUGCUGCUAAAUGCUCUACCACCAAAUAUUAGCUAACCUUGUCUGUCUGCUGGCUGAUGCUGGGCAGCUAACAUACAGUUUGUUUAUAUAUAUAUAUAUAUAUAUAUACAUAAAAUCUUGUUAGCACAAUAUAGUUUAAAUUGGGUACUUAAAUAUGUCAGUGUCAUGUGUACAGCUUGUUCCGCUGACCCCAAGUGACCAAAAGAAUUUCAAACUGCUGUUUAAUAUCCAUUUUGUAUUUUUGUUAGCUUACGUUAUGUUAGCUUUAUUGACUUUUACAUUUGGCUCUGUGCGCUAAUAAGAUCAGGCAAAAAAUAAGAGAAAAAUUGUAUUCACGUCCACUAUUUCUUUAAAAACUUUUGCGAAAACUAUCAUCUUUUGGGACUUUGGGUGCUCCACAGAAAUCUAUGAGCAAUGAAGUUCUUUGUUGUUGUUGUUUGAUUAUUUCUACCUGAGCCACAACCAUGUGGUUAAAUGUGCAGUAUAGCCAUCAAGGGUGUGCUGAAUUACCCUUACAUAUUACCCAGUGGAUGUUAACCUCUGUUAUGUGAGAAAGAUGAAGUAGAGAUUUAGUGAACAUCUUUGAUUUAACUGUUUAUAAAAACAAAUCGUAAGAACUGUGACAUUUUGGUGGCUCACAAAGCCAAGGCACAUAUACCAUGUAUCUAUAAAGUUGUGAAUCUGAGUCCGCCUCAUGACUUUUGCUGCAUGACAUCCCUUUGUUUCAUAUUUUUUCUCAUUGCUUUCUAUUAUUUAAUGUCCCGAUGAAGCAAAAAUGCCUUAAAUAAUGUAAAUGGAAAAAAUAGGUCUAGUACUUUCAAACCAGUGACAAACUAAAACAAGUGUAAGCUUCUCAUUUGUGCAAACUCGCAGUAAUUCAUCACAGAUGCAGUGAGUCAGUAUCUGAAUCACUGUGUGAGCUCUGCUUUUGAACAAGAAAUGCAUGAAUGAGAUACAACUGAAUAAACACUAAAAGAAAAACACCCUGCAGAAAGAGCCAGAUACUCUUCAGGUCCGAAUAUGUUCUCCUCUGGUUCAACCGUCGACAGCUUUACUUUUCCUGUAAAGACUGUAGUUACUUUAGUCUUUAGUUAAAUCAGACAACAAACACGUCGCAGUUGACUGGCAUGUGAAUAAAAAGCACCAGUCUCCUUCAGAUCUCUAACUCUGAGGGAGAACACACAUUUCCUUUGAUCCUGUUGCAGUAAACCCUCUGUUUUGUAAAGAUUUGUGUGAUGAGAACAAUAAAUGGAUGCUGCAAUAAGAUGAGCUGUCUGUGUCAGUGUGCAAUGU